UCACGUGAUGGAGGAACCGGGCCGGGGCCUGAACCGGGCCGGGGCCUGCCCAAAGCCCGGCCCGGCCCGGCCCCGAGCGCCCGGCCCGUCCCGGUGCCGGGAGGAGCUGGCGCGGCCGUGUCCCGGCCUGCCCCGUGGCGCGGUGCAGUCACUGCUCCCGGCCUGCCCCGCUCAUGGCGUCCCCGGUGCCGGUGCCGGUGCCGGGCCGGGGCCGUGACUCGGGGCCCGUGUUCAGCGGGGUUGCUCCCGAGGUUAUGGAGGACACCCUGAUGCACCUGGCCGCGGAGAACGAGCGGCACCUGAGCGCGCUGCCGGAGCAGGCCGGGCUCUUCAAGCACACGCGGAUCGUGGAAUUCAUAUUCCUUCUGUCUGAAAAGUGGCGCUUGGACCAGCCCACGCGGUACCAGGCAGUGGAGCUGCUUGAACGCCAGAUCCACGCUCUGAGCAGCUGUGGCUUUUGUAGGUUCCUGAUCAAGCAGGUAGAGCAGGUGUGUGAUGGCAGAGGCAGCACCACCAGCCGUGGCCAGGGCCAGAGGAGCAGCUGGAGCUCUGUGAGGGAUCACAUCACCAACACCUUUGUCCUGAGGCUCGUGUCCUGUGUGCAGCUUGCCAGCAAACUCUCCCUGCACUACAGUAGAGUGACCAGUGACACAGCUUUAACAUUUCUGCAAUCCUUAAAAUACUCCUACACUAAACAGGAAUUGCUGGAGUCGGAGCUUGCUGUUUUAAACACUCUGCACUUCCACAUCAAUGUGUCAACCCCCUUGGCCUAUGUGGAAUUGCUCCUGGAGGUUCUAGGAUACAAUGGCUGCUUGCUUCCUGCCAAGCCCUUACACCAGCUGUGUGUGCAGCUGCUGGACUUCUGCUACCUGACCAGAGAGACCAUCUAUGACACCCUGCUGAAGACUGCCAUCGACAACUCCACACCAAGCAAACUGCAGAUAGCCAAGUUUUUAACAGUGAAGGAAGAUUUCAUGCUGCUGGCUGUUGGAGUCAUCAGUACAGGUGUGUUCAUCCUGAGCCCCGGGCACUGGGAGCAGGUUGUGGAGCAUUUGAACUGCAUCACUGGCAUCACUCCCCAGAGCAUCCUGGAGUUCUCCUACGCCGUGGUGAGGCGCAUUGUUGGCAGCACCACACCUGAGCAGCACCGUGGCACCAAAUCUCCUGAGGACAGGAUUCCUCCUCAGAAAUAGAACCACCCCGGCCAUCCAGGCAGCAGCAGCAGGAAUUGUCACGCUGCUGGGAACUGUCCCUCCUCUGUGACACUGCCCAGGCACCCAGCACAGCUCAGGGUUACCUGAAUUCUGUCACAUCUUAAUUAGCAAAGCUCGUCCUGCCAGGCAUCACAGUCAUGCUCUGAAAGGAGGCCCAACAGCACCACAGUGUUUAGAAAUGCCCUAAAAGCUUGAUUGUAACAGCUGCAUUUUUAAAUUUUGAACCUAAGCCCCCUUUAACCAGAGACCCCUCAGAGUGGCUGUGUUUGAAAGGUGCUGCCCUGGCUGGUGGGACCAGCUCUCACAAAUGGGGCUGGUCUGUCUCCUGCUGCUUUUAUAAAACCCCUGCCCCAGCUGCCUGUGAUUGUCCCCUCUGUGUCCCCUCUGUGCCAGCACCUCCUGCCCUGCCACAGCCAGCAGUGUUGUGUGAGGACAGAGAAGGGCCAGUGCUGUGACUGGCACCACAGCAGUGCCCAGCCUGGGUGUCCCUGCCAGUGCCAGGGGUUUGUGCUGUGCCAGGCACUGCUGGAAACACCUGGAAUAAUUUCAUUGUUUCCUCAGCACAGCCCUGUGCAGGAGCAGGCUGCAGGAGGGAUUGCAGUGCUGUAAUGGUAUCAAACCUUGCUAAGUGCAGCAGCACAAAGAAGGGCUGAUAUGACUUAGAAAAUACUUUAUUUUAAACUCUUUAAUUAAUGACCAGGCAGAGUUCUGGCAGUUUUCCCACAUUACUCCCCGUGUUUUUAACGUCCUGCUUUUCCAACCUUGCAUUAGCUGUAACAGAGCAGCAUCAAACUGAUGCUCAUUUGACAAUGAUUUAUGUGCAUGGCCAUAAACCCCAAAAACAACAGUUUAGAAUCCAUUUAAUAGCUGGGUUUUAUUCUGUUCAGCUCGAUGAUACAACUUUGCAUAUUGCUUUUCUAUAAACUACUUGUAAUAAUGGCAUUUUAAAAUAAAGUGUCUUGUGGAUUUUUGGUAUUGUAAA